AUGGGUCUCUCAAUCUCUAAACUUCUCCAAGGCCUUUUUGGAAAAAAGGAGAUGCGUAUUCUGAUGGUUGGCUUGGAUGCUGCUGGCAAAACAACCAUCUUGUACAAACUUAAAUUGGGUGAAAUUGUUACAACCAUCCCCACUAUUGAAGCAAGGGAAGAACUUCAACGUAUGCUUAACGAAGAUGAACUUCGUGACGCACUUCUCCUGGUGUUUGCCAACAAACAAGAUUUGCCCAAUGCCAUGAAUGCUGCGGAAAUCACGGAUAAACUUGGGCUUCAUUCUCUUCGACAACGUCAUUGGUAUAUCCAAGCCACUUGUGCCACAAGUGGUGAUGGUCUUUAUGAAGGCUUGGAGUGGUUAAGCACCAAUUUGAGGAAGAAAGUCUAG